UAUGUGGGCUCAGAGCUGGGAGAACAUAUACGACAUCGUGGUCCCUUACCCAGACGCUCCCCUCAUCGAUAUCUCAGACACUCUCAACAACAGCAUAACCGACGUGAAGGAAAUGUUCGAUUAUGCAGAAGGUUUUUUCACUUCCUUGGGCCUGUACAAUAUGACGGAAGAUUUUAACACGAAGUCCAUGAGAGAGCAGCCUGUGAAUGCUACCGCUGUCUGCCACGCGUCCGCCUGGGAUUUUCUGUCCAUCACGGAUAAAGGGCCAAUCACGGACGGUGAUUUCAGGAUCAAGAUGUGCACGGACAAGAACCAGGAGGACUUCAUCACGAUCCACCACGAGAUGGGACACAUCGAGUACCAGAUGGCUUAUAGCCAGGUUAAUGAGGCCAGCCCUCAGACUCAGCCACUCAUCUUCCGCGACGGUGCAAAUCCAGGGUUCCACGAAGCCAUAGGCGACACCAUCGCGCUGUCGGUGUCGACGCCCUCCCAUCUCCUGGGCCUUCAGGAGGACAUCGGAGGCCCCCCUCAGGGCACCGCCACCACCCAGGCCCCCGUCAACCAGAACCAUACCGACAUCAACCAGCUCAUGAGGAUGGCUUUGGAGAAGGUGGCCUUCGUUCCCUAUGCGUACAUUUUGGACAAAUUUCGGUGGGACGUUUUUGCGAACGCUUACGCUCCCGACGUCUACAAUUACGAGUGGUGGAAACUCAGGUAAUCUGUUAUUAAGCAGUAAUUUAAAUAUUCU